AAAAAAAUGAUUCUUGCCUGUAAUUGAAAUUAAGCAAACAAUUUAAAUAGAGUUUGUUUAAAAAAGUAAAAAAUAACUAUUAUUGUUUCAAAUUAUGCUGUCUCAACAUGAAUUUAAUGGACUCGAAACAAACCUGCUCAAAUUACAUAAACUAUACUUAAUUGGUUGCCGUAAAGAGCGAAUGCAGAGGUUGCGCAUGCGCGUAAUUUAAAAACACUGAAGGCGCCAGGACGGGCAUGCGCAUCGGUUAGGAACACUGAAGGCGCCAGGACGGGCUUGCGCAUCGGUUAGGAACACUGAAGGCGGGCUAGCCGGCGGGCUAAGCGCGAGGAAGACAACGGUAGCAGAGAAGUGACAGUGAAGAUCUGAUCGGGAGAGUAUACAAGAGAUCUCAUCGUUGUGACAUUCCACAUUGUCUCCAGUUUGGGACAAUCACUCAAUUACAAUAUGUGAGUCUUGAGAAUGUGGCAAUGUAAAGUGUGUGGCACAGAAGUAUCCAGUAGGUAUGAGUUAUUGAAACAUUCUAAGCUCAAACAUGGACAUUUUGGGGCAAGGUUCAGGCAUCCUUGUGUAUACAAUACAUGUCCUUGCACAUUUAAAUCAUGGAAUAACCUUUUAAGUCAUAUAUACCGUGCACACGUUGAUCAGUCAUCUUCAAAACAAAAUCAGUUAGCUACAUUUUCAUGUCAGCUGUGUACAUGCAUUGAGUCAAAUGAAAGAGAUUACUUUAGUCAUCUAAAUGAACAUCUGCGUAAACAUGAAACUGUGACUUGUGUAUUUAAAGAGUGUACAUUUAAAAGUAACAUUUAUAACACAUUUCAUACACACAAAAAUAGGAAGCACAAUCCACAUUGUCUAACUGACUUUAAAUUAACUGUUGUCACAGUCACUGCAGACUGUCAAGAGUCAGCCAGUUCUCCCAUUGAUUUACCCACAUGUUCAACAGAAUCUGUGUUAGAGUCAUGCAAUGAUGCUAAUACUGAUGAAGAUGUUUUUAAGGGAAGUGUUCUUAAUAUUGCCCUUGUUUUAUUAAAGUUGGAAAACAUUUUGCAUGUCCCAGCCACCGCAGUUGAUGAAUUACUUCAGGAACUACAUUAUUCAUUAACUUCAGCAUCAAAUCAAGUCACUUGUAGCAUAAUUUCUGACAUUUUUAAAAAUCACAACUUAGAAAUUGAUGAAUUUGUCAUUCAAGAGCUUUCUGAAGCAGCAGGCAGGUCAAAUCCCUUGGUUAAAGCCAUAGAAAAAGGUGGUCCCCUUGCCACUGCUUUCAAGCGGAAGCAAUUCUACAAAGAACAUGUAACAGUUGUAGAGCCUAUUGAGUUUAUCCUUAAUCAAAAAAGUCGAAAAACCUAUCAGUAUAUACCAAUUUUGCCUUCUCUUCAGCUGUUGUUUAGUUGCAGUGAUAUUUUACAGUGUGUUAUUGGGGACCACGAGAAGCAAAAAACUGAUUCAGGGGCAGACAAAGAACAGCAGUAUAGGUCAAUCAGAGAUGGACUUUAUUGCAAGGAAAACACAUUUUUUUGUGGAGAGGAAUUAAAAAUAUCACUGUCAUUGUACAUUGAUGAUUUUGAACUCUGCAACCCCUUAGGCACUUCACGUAAAAAGCAUAAACUUUGUGGGGUCUACUGGAUUUUGAAUAAUUUGCCACCUGGAUGCAGCUCCACACUUUCAUCUAUCUAUCUGGCAGUUUUAUGCAAGACUGAACAUGUAAAGUCAUAUGGAUAUGGUACAAUUUUGGAGCCCCUUUUACAGGAAUUGAUUACUUUAGAGAGUCAAGGUGUCUACCUUCCAGGGCUUGGACGGUUUGUGAAAGGUACAGUCCAGUCUGUCAUUGCAGAUAAUUUAGGGGCCCACAGUUUAGCAGGCUUCAUAGAAAGCUUCUCUGGUGAGUACUUUUGCAGGUUCUGCAUAGGGAAGAGAUUGGAGAUUCAAGCUGAAUCUGUUCUGACUGGCGACUUUGCCCUUAGAACAAAGGAAAUUCAUGAUGCACAUGUAGCAUCUGCUAAAGAAAACUCUGUAGCAUUUUGUGGAGUAAAAAGAGGUUGUGUGUUAACAGAGAAUUUAUCUCACUUUCAUGUUACUAGAGGCUAUCCACCAGAUAUUGCACACGACCUGUUUGAGGGUAUUGUACCAUUUGAACUUGCACUUUGCUUGAAAGAGUUUGUUUCCAAGAAGUACCUGUCUCUUGAUACUCUAAACUCAUUGAUUUUGAACUUCCCUUAUAAGUGGGGUGAUAAAACCAAUAAACCACACGUUAUUCCAUAUACAUAUGCCUCCAAGAAGACAAUUGGAGGUAACGCACAUGAAAAUUGGAAUUUAAUGAGAUUGCUUCCAUUCAUCAUUGGAGACUUGAUACCAGAGACUGAGCCUGCUUGGAUCAUACUUCUUGAUUUGAAAGAAAUAGUUGAACUUGCUGUAGCCCCUAUUCAUAACGAAGAAACAGUAGCCUACUUAAACUGCAAAAUUGUAGAGCACAGACACAGAUUUGUUGAACUUUUUCCAGCACAACUGUUACCAAAACAUCAUUAUGUGGAGCAUUAUCCACAAAUGAUUCAGUUUUUUGGACCUCUAGUAGGGCAGUGGACUAUGAGGUUUGAGGCGAAACAUAGCUUCUUUAAGAAAGUAGCUCGCCACACAAAUUGUUUUAAAAACAUAACGCUCACACUGGCUGCCAAACACCAGCAAAUGAUCGCUUAUCAGAUCCAUUCUUGUAGCCUUAAGAAGUCCAGACUAGAAGUUACUAGUGUCUCCACACUUUCUGUGGAUAUUUUAAACAAGGAAGUGGUAGAAGGCUUAAGACAGAAAUAUCCAGGGAUUAAUGAAGUUCAUCUGGCAAAAAAUGUGACAAACAAUGGGAUAAAUUAUAGAACUGGUAUGCUGAUUUCGUUUGGGUCAGCAGGUGGGCUCCCAGAGUUUGCUGAAAUUCUUCAAAUCUUUAUUGUCAAAAGCAGACUGAAUUUUGUUGUGAAGGUACUGUGUGCAUGGUAUCAAGAACAUUUUAGAGCUUUUCAGUUAACUGUCUCUCCUGAUAGAGAGGUUGCCCUGGUUGAUUUAGAUCAGCUAACGGAUGCUUAUCCACUGUAUGAUUAUAUGGUAGGAGGAAGACGAAUGGUGACCCUGAAGAGGCACAUCCUCAUUUAAGAAAAAAGAAAGAUGUCGAGUCCAGUCAAUCUAAGGAUUGUUUUUGGUGGGGAUGAAGAUGCAAGAAAGCUUGCACUUAAGACAGGAAUCCCAAAGUCUGUGGAUGAACUUGUCCUUGAAAUAAUGACUGUUUUUGGUGUAAAGCAAAAGUUCAGGCUCCAGUACAAAGAUAAGGACUUUGGAAAUGAAUACAUGAAUCUCACAUCAACCACUCAAAUUGAAGACAGGGAUACCCUGAAAGUGAUUUUUCUGUCAACUGAUGACUUUAACUCCUGCAUGCAUGAGACUGCACCUGAUGUACCGUCCUGUUCCAGCAUUCUUGUUCCUUUGCACAAGACAACCUGUAGCUCUGACUCUCCUAACACAAGACAUGCUAGCCCUUGUGAAUUUGACUCAGUCUCAGAAGUCUACUUGUCUGAGGACUCAUUUUCCAGCAGCACCGAGACUGUCUUGAUUAAGUCUCCGGAGUCAAGAACCAGUUCUUGGCCUCAGGUUUUUGUAAUUCCUCGUUUUUCUUGUUCUGCUGAAAUUCAGCUUCAGAGAGCUGACACAGAGUUCAAGAAAAGUGAAAUGCUACUUAUUCCACCACCAAAAUUAAGAUCUGACAUUCUUGAAGGCAUGGCUGAGGAGAUCUUUAGGUAUGCUGCAUACCCCACUGAUAGUCAGCUUGAUCAGGCAGCUGAAGCCUUGAUAAAUGUCCACCCUUGCUUGAGGGAAAAGGGAACUCGCACUGGUCAUGAAGGAUGGAAACACUAUCUAAAGAUAAAGAUGGCUAAUUUCCGCUCAAAACUCAGCAAGAUUGGACACCCAGAAAUCACUGUAAAUUCACUUAGGAACAAGCGUGAAGGUCGGGGUAAAGCAGCAUCAAACAUCAAAAAGCCAAAAAAGGCUGAGGUGAAUUUCCUUCCCUGCCUUCCAAGAGGAGAAACAGCUGAUAGUAUGGAGAAGGAAAGAAUUGCUCUCUUAACUGAAGUGAAAAAAAAUAAUAAUGAGGCAGUCAUAAAAGAAAAAAUGCACUUGACCUUCUCCUAUAGGCGACAAGAGUUGGUUGAGGACUUGCCAAUGGUUUCUGAUUUACAAAGUAGAUGGCCUGCCCUGUUCACAGUCAAUGAAAUAAAUGCAGAAUUUAUGAGGAUAACGACUGUGCCUCUUCUGUCAAAGUUUUUCGCGCAGCUGGACAAAUACACUGCUGAUCUACAGAAGGUUUUCAGCGGCAAAGGAGGUGCUUCUGGACAGAAGAUAUCACGCAUCAUGACAGUUGCAGACAAGUGUGGUGACAUACACAUCAAGCGAGAUUGUGUCAUACAGAGUCUGUGUGUGUACUUCAAUGAGGACAUGACAACAGUUGUCAAAGAAUUCGAGGAUAGCAACCCUAAAGAAGCAGAAGCAAGAAUUUCUGAGACCACUCUGGGGCUUUUUGUGAUUCGCAAGGAAGGUGCUGGUGCUGAGGAGGAGCCAAGUGAUGUUGGAGUUGUGAUAGAGGGUGUAACGCUGCUAGAGAACCUAAAGAGUAUUUCUUUUGGAUUAGUAAUUCUCUUUGGACUGAUCUACGCUCUCAAUUUAAGCUAUCCUCAAGGUCUCAAGUUCACAUUUGAAUUCUUUCAGAAGGUACUGAUGAACUUAGAUGGCAGCAAGCUGUCCCCAAAGGUACAAGCACUUAAAAUUAAAAUGUUUCAGUGAAUAGGACAUUCACUGUUUGCCUACAUGCCUUCAACUGGAACAACAUUGAAAACCUUUAGACAAGAAUGCCCUAAAAGAUAUAUUUCUACCGACUGAUGACACUAACUCCAGUAUGCCAUGGACUGCACUUUCUUUUCUUUUUUUUAAUCUCUGAAACUUUUAAAACAGGAUAUGUUACCCAUUUUACUUUUGCGUCCAGGAAGCCAACGGAUUACUUCUUUUCCAGAUGUAUUAAGACUGUCUUGGUUACAUCUCCAGCCUCAGAAUAGUAGUUUUUCAUGUUUUUAUGUUCUUCUGAAAUGCUGGUUUAGAGGACUAAAAUAGUUCAACAAAAGUGGAAUGCUACUUAUUAAACCACUUUAAGGUUUUAAAGGGACAGUUCACGUAAAAAAAUGAAAAUAUACUCACUAUUUACACUCCCUCAAUUGGUUCCAA